AUGCAUGCAGUCAGCCAAGUAGCCUCGCAGAAGAGAAAGGAUAAAGCCAGAGGAAGGAAGAAAGGAAAGAAGGCCAAGAAAGAGCUUGUUGAGAAGUGGAGGCAGAAAGCGGGCUCCAAAGCACAGAGGCAGGCAUUGGAGCAAGUCAGACCAGUCAGCAGCAAGACAGCAGGCAAAAAGUUGAAGCCCAGUGCCAAGCUCAAGUACAGUCACUUGCAGAAAAGGAAGAAAAAGCAGAGCAAGAAGACAGCAGCAAUCAAGACAGCAGAGGCAGCAGAGAAAGCAGAGGAAGAGGAGUCAGAGUGGCAUGGUGCCAUAGGCAGAGUUGUUGGAGAGACAGCAAAGGCAGCCUGGCAAGGCUUGGUCGUGACAGUGGAGAAAGCAAAGGGCAGCCAGCUCCUCUGCCAGAUACCGAGCAAGGGCAGCCAGUGGAUUUGCAAGGCAGAUCUAGAAUGCCCUUUGCUGCCAAAGACAGCCAGGCAGACAAUGGCUCCACAGCAGCUCAAGGAUGCAGCCAGGCAGUCUUUGCAGGCAGAUUGGAUGCAGCAAGUGGAUCUCUACCAGUUCGGCCAGCUGGUGACAGAUGAUCAGCUCUUGGCAGGCUGGAGAGAGAUUAGCAGCAGACUGAAGCCAGGCAGUGCAGUGCGAUGGGUAACCCCAGCUCAAAGCAAGCUAGCAGCAGAGACAGGUGCAGUUUGCAAAGCCAUGGAAGACUUCCUGGCAGACAGCAAGACUUUGCUGCUGGUACCAAUCCACAGCUCAGCUCCACAGCACUGGACACUGCUUUCUUUGAGCAAGGCAGGCAGCAGCAAAGAAGAACAACCAGAGGUCCAGUACUUCGACACACUCAAGAUGCAGCCAGAAACAGCCAAAGCAGCAGCUAGCACAGUGCUGCAAGUCUGUUUGCAGACAGAGACAGAGCUGCCAGUGCCAUGCAACCGUUUCCACCAGUCAGACGGUUUCAGUUGUGGCCUCUGGUGCCUUCAGUACAUGGAAAGACAAGCCAGAGAGUUCCUAGGAUGUAGUCAGUCCACAUGGCAGACAGUUGGGGAGCUGAGCCAGAAGCUUCAGUCCUGGCAAGAAGCAGUGCUGAAGCAGAAGUCUUUAGACAAGGCAGCAAAGGCUUUGGAGGCCAAGAAAGCAGCAGAGAAGCAGCCAGCAGAAGAAGCAGGGAAGACGAAAAAAAAGGGCAAGGUGGCACAGACCAAGCUGCAGCUAGGCUGGGACGAGCAGUUUGGUUGCAGCAAGUGCAAGUAUAGCAAGACAGGCUGUUUGGCUUGCAACCCAGCCAAGAUGCUGCGCUGGGCAGAGAAGCAGGCACAGCAGACGCAGCUCUUGCAGGCAGCUUUGGCAGCCUUGCAAGACAUACAGACAGAAAUGCACCUGCUGGGGAAGAAGGUGUGUUGUAUGGAGCUGCGACAAGCAGCUAGGUCCUCCUUUCAGCUGGUUGAUGCUUUGCUGCCGAGACAGCUAGACAGCCAGAGGAGCAAAGAGACAGAGGGGCAGGCUGGAAUCUUGAAUAAUUAG